AUGAGCGGGGCCGGGGCCGGGGCGGACCGACCGUCCCCGGCCAAGCUCCGCCGCCUGGACGAGCCCACGGGGACGGGCCCUGCCGCCGCCGUCACCCGCGGGGAGACGGCCCGUUCUCCCACCCCCGCCGGAGGUCGUGGUGAGGGCCGCAGCGCGCGCGCGCGGGGCGGCGGGUCCGGGCAUGCGCGGGGCGGCGGCGGCGGGGACGCGCGCGCGCCCCCAGGCGGCGGCUCGGAGAUCGCGGCUUUGGCCGGGGAGGGGCUGGAGACCCCCAGUGAGGGGCUGGAGACCCCAAAUGAGGGAUUGGAGACCCCCAGUGAGGGAUUGGAGACCCCAAAUGAGGGAUUGGAGACCCCCAGUGAGGGGCUGGAGACCCCCAGUGAGGGAUUGGAAACCCCCAGUGAGGGGCUGGAGACCCCCAGUGAGGGAUUGGAAACCCCCAAUGAAGGGCUGGAGACCCACAGUGAGGGGCUGGAGACCCCCGGGGUGGCCACGGAUGGGCCAAAGACCACCGGAGAGGCCGUAGCCAGCCUGCAGACCACCAUCACCCGCUGCUUGGAUCAAGAAAAAGAGGGCCUGGAGACCACCAGAGAGGUCACAGAGGGCGUGGAGACCAACAACGGGCCCGAGGGGAUCUUAGAGACCAUCGACAGAUGCAAAGGCAGCCUGGAGACCACAAGUACCGACUGCUUGGAGCAGGAGAAAAGGGCUUUGGAGACCACCAGAGAGGUCACAGAAGGGCUGGAGACCACCAGCGAGGCCACGGGGGACCUGGGAACUGCUGUCACACACUCCCCUGAGCAGAACAAAGGUGUCCUGGAGACUCCCGUGGAAUCCAAGGGAAGCCCGGAGACCACCAGAGAGUCCACGGGUGGUCUGGAGACCGGCAGGGAGAUCACAGGCACCGCCAACGGGCGCAGAGGGAGCCUGGAGACAGCCGUCACCCGCUGCUUGGAGCACGGGAGAAGGAGCAAAGGGGGCCUGGAGACAACCACCAAGGUCCUGGGGAGCGGGGAGAGCGACGCUUCUCCUGGUGGGGAGCUGAAAAGCGCCAGCAGGCGCAAGGCAAAGACCCCUGCGAGGCCCAGGGGCAGCGUAGAGACUGCCAGCACCCAGCGCUUGGAGUGGGAGAGGAGCGGGAAGGGGGGCCCGGAGGUCCUGGAGGCCACCAGGGAGGACACAGGCAGCCUGGAGACCACCGUGAGGUGGGACAGAGAGCAGAAAGGGGGAGUGGAGACCGCCGAGGAGGGCCUGGAGCCCAGCCCCACAGCCUGUGUGGGGCACAGCCGGGGCGGCCCCGGGCUCCCAGAUCUCGCGGGGCUCCCAGAACCCGCGGGCGUCCCAAUCCCCAAGGAGCACGUGGCCGAGGAGAGCGCGGUGAUCUCCCUGGACGAGGACGAGGAGGAGGAGGAGGAGGAGGAGCGGGACGAAGGCCCGGCGCGGUACCUGGCGGCGUUGGAGGCCGUGCAGCUGGAGCUGGAGGCCGUGGAGGAGGAGGCGGCUCGAGCCUUCCGCCGCCUCCGCGCCCGCUUCUGCCUCCGCCGCCGGCCCCACCUGCAGCGCCGCAACCGCCUCAUCCAGCACAUCCCCGGCUUCUGGGUCACUGCCUUCCUGAACCACCCGCAGCUCUCGGCCAUGAUCAGUGACCGCGACGAGGACGCGCUGAGCUACAUGACGAGUUUGCAGGUGGAGGAGUUCGGCCAGAGCCGCCCCGGGUGCCGCAUCCGCUUCUUCUUCAGCGUCAACCCCUAUUUCCAGAACGACGUCGUGGCCAAGGAGUUCGUGCGCGGCCCCUCCGGUCACCUGGUGUCCCACUCGACCCCCAUCCGGUGGUGGCAGGGGCAGGACCCCCGGUCCCGUCCCCACAAGGGCCCCCCGGCCCCCCGCAGCUUCUUCGCGUGGUUUGGGGACCACAGCUUCCCCGCGGGGGACCGCGUGGCCGAGAUCAUCAAGGAGGAGCUUUGGCCCAACCCGCUCCAGUUCUACCUGCUGGGGGAGGGCGCCGAGGGACCCCCAGACAGUGAGAGCGGCGAGGACUGCGUGGUGAUCCUGGACGACGACGAGGACGUGCAGGAGAUCCCCGAUGACGGCGAUGGCAGUGGCGUGGAAGAGAUCCCGACCGAGGAGCCCCCCAACCCCGCCGUGGGACAGAAAGACCCCAACAGGGGCAGAAUCUAAUUAGAGGGGGGGGGAUUUGGGGGUGCUGCACAUCUCCACCCCCUGCCCCCCCCCCAGGAAUUGCGGGUAACGAGGGGCUGGGGGCCCCCCCAACACAGCUCAGGGUGUUUGAAGGCCUUUCACCCCCCCACUUUCCCCCCCCAAACCUUUCAUGACCCCUCUCUGGGGACCCCCAAUCUCCCCUACUCCAUCACCCAGUGGGUGUGGGGGUCCCCCUAAAUCCCCCUCCCCACACACACACACAUCCCACACCACACAAGGGGAGAAACAAAACCGUUUCCCGAUCGGUUUUUUUUGUACAUGUUGGGUUAAAAACUUAUAAAAUUUUCUUUUUAUAUCUAAAAAUAUAUUAUAAUAAAGAGAAAGUUUUAACAGA